AAAAAGUUUCUUUAUGCACAAUAACAUUACAAUCGCGGCUGUAUUAUGUUACUAUUAUACAGUUCAAGUGAUAACUUGUGGCCUUAGUAAGAAUCUGUUAUCACGCGUAGACAUAUAUUUAUUGCAUGACCAAGUUACAUUGAUUCAUUUGUGUUGUAACAGUCAAUUUACUUGUUAGCGAAAUGAAUAAGUCAAAUAUGGUAUUUACCGGUAUCAAGAAUGAAGAAGGUGAUAACUUGGUGCACUUCCUUUGCCAUAGUGGUGACGUCACCGAAUUAAUUAUCUUGCAUGAUUUCAUCAAUGAAGAAAACCGGUACACCUUGGUGGAAUACAAUAAGAAACAACAACAGUGUGUACACAUUGUCGCAUCCCAGCAAGAAGAUGCCGUUGAAAAGAUAAAACUCCUGACGCUCUGGGGCGCAGACAUCAAUGGAAAGGAGUUGAAAGGAGGAGAUACCCUUUUGCAUCUCGCAGUGAGGGCUCAGAACUACUCCUUGGUAGAAUGGCUGUGUCAGCAGCCUAACAUCAACAGAGAAGCUAUGAACAACGACUUAAUGACGCCGUACCACAUCGCCUUCUUUGCCAGAGAUGAUAAGAUGAUGGACGUCUUAAAGCAGAACGGUGUACAAUGCAGGGUUCCCCUGCAGUCGGAGACCAAUUCUUAUGAUGAAGACUACGAACCAGAGUGCGAGUUUCAAAAGUCUCAAUUGUGAUCGUGAUGUGAGAUCUUUUAGAGUGACUAAGUUCUAUAAUUAAGGUUUUAAGUAGUUUAGUUUGUUUGUAACCCAAAAAACAUGUGCUUGAGCAAAAGCUUGUGCAGAAUUUAUAGUUACUAGCGUCUACAUCUACGUAUGUGUCUUGCGCGAGAUUGUGUUACAAGGAACCGACUCAAGUAAUGUCUAUGACUUGCCUAUUGUUGUACGCAAGAAAUUUGCACAUGGCUUCAAAAGGGACAAAGCUAACAGAUAUAUAGUUUACCGUGAUAUGACAGAGUCAAAUUCUUGUGGAAGGUUUGAACGAAAUUCGCAAUUACUACCUGUUAUAAUUAUUUGCAGCAAGACCCCUAGGUGGAACAUCGACGCUAGCAACUAUCGAACUUGAGAGCAUUUUUGCGCAAGCCUUGUAAAAGUAACUGCUCAUCAUCGACUGUGAAAAAGUAACUUAACUUUCCAAGUGAUUGUUUUUGGUCAAAAUUUGUAAUCUAAUUAGUUUUAAGUCAACGUUCUAAAUAAUUAGAAAAAUUUUAUAAUUUAGUAGAUAAAAAACUUUCUUAUCUUUCUGUGAGCUUAAAAAAUGUAUAAGUCCUACGUAGCUACUACAGCAAGUUAACAUAGUAAACUAAGAAAGUUCCCGCGUGACUCACUCAUAUGUUUACGUUAGAAAGACUUAUUGUUUACACGUAUUGCGGUGGGACUCAAUCGUGGCAUUAGUGUAUAGUUUAUACAAAUAUUACUAUAGUACCAUAAUACAUCGACGUCGGACUUAUAUUUUAUUUCAGUCAGAGUCAAUUUAGUCAUCGUGUAGGUUACUUUAAUUAAAAUUAAUUGACUGUAUUACUGUCGUCAGAGAAAGUUUUGGCAAGGAUGUGUAGCCAUUAAAAUGUAAACACUGUUUGACACUAUUCGUUAUGUUGCGGAGAUUCGUAUUAAAUAUGCGCAGUAAUGCACAGAAUUAAAAUAAAUAAAUUGUUUUUUCUCUCCACUGGCUUCUGGUCAAAAAUGAGUCGUAAAUUUUGUUAAAUUGAUUAAUAUAAGAAAUUAAGAUAAUUAGUACCUAAGAAUUAAAGCUUGGUUUAUAUUGAGUCAUUUAGUAUAUUAUUUAAUAUUGUUAAUACUCUGUCUGUAUCUUCAACUAUGUAUCAUUUAAGUAACCUUGUCAUUGGCCUUAUGGGCUGUUGGGUUUUAAUAAAGGAAAUAAAUAAAUAAAUAAA